UGGCUGUAAAUGGCACGAUAGGAGACCAAGUGGCUGUAAUGGCACAAGUUUCUAUGAGGAACUUUCAGUGCGUUGGAUAGCCUGACACGAGAAAGCUGAUCUUACCCGUUACUUACUUGUAUAUUACAAUCGCCGUUUAAGAAUAUUUGGAAGCCCUUCUCUCUCUCCUUGAACACACACACACACACACGACACGCGUGAAUACAAUCUCCCAUGGCUGCAUUUGCAACAGCAGAAGCGUGUGACAGCAACGCAGAACUAAUAUCAAACGGAGACCUACGGGCUCUCCAACCAACCUUCAAGAUCUAUGGACAAAGAAGAUGCUUCUCCGGACCAAUCGUGACACUCAAGGUCUUUGAAGACAACGUCCUAGUCAGAAACCAACUAGAGACAAAAGGAGAAGGCGCGGUCUUAGUUAUAGACGGUGGUGGAAGCAUGAGGUGCGCACUUGUUGGAGGAAACCUCGGACAGUUAGCUCAGAACAACGGGUGGGUAGGGAUUUUGGUGAAUGGGUGCGUUAGAGAUGUGGAUGAGAUCAAUGACUGUGAUGUUGGGGUUAGGGCAUUGGGUUCUAACCCGUUGAAGUCUAGUAAGAAAGGUCAGGGUGAGAAGAAUGUGCCGGUUUAUAUUGGAGGGACUUUGAUUAGGGAUGGUGAAUGGCUUUAUGCUGAUAGUGAUGGUAUCUUGAUCUCCAAGACCGAACUCUCCGUCUGAUCCAGAAUGUUCUUCUGCUAAGAGAUUACUGUUGGAGCUGGUUUAUGUGGAAUUAGUAAUAUUCGGUUUAAUAUUCUCAGAUGAAAACGUUUUCUGCAAUUUGUGAAACAAUAUAAUAAUUACAAAAUGUUGUUAUUUUUUCUUAUUCGAAACGAGCUGAAACCUUUAUUUAUUUUGUUA